UGCAUUGCCAAACGCUGAGCGGAGGAGAAGACGUCCUCAACCAGGAUGUUUCUGGAUCAGAUUUCCUCCGGCGUCGUCUUCAUCCUCUGUUUCACUGCGCUGACGUGAGUCCGUCUCCAACCGUCCCCUCCUCAGUGGAAUUUGUCAAAGCUGCAGACGUGAAAGUCAUCGCUGCUCUGGGAGACUCUUUAACUACGGCUAUUGGAGCUAAUGGCUCCACAAUUGCCUCGGUACCUUUUGAAUUUCGCCAAGUUUCCUGGAGCAUCGGAGGUUAUGGGACUUUUCAAAAUGUCAUUACACUGGCAAACAUUUUUAAACUCUUCAAUCCCAAACUGUUGGGUCCGGCCCCGAUGAUGACGAUGCACAGUCGACCCACGACCGUCAACGAGACCGGCUUCAACUUCGCCGUCACCGGCCACAACACGCUGAACGUCUCCGAUCAGAUAAGACACAUGAUUCACACGUUCAAGUCGUAUCCAUUUCUCCUUCAGGGUCUGAACUUCCUCGAGGACUGGAAGGUGGUGACGAUGCUGAUCGGCAUGAACGACAUCUGUGAUUACUGUAAAAACAAGAUUUUAUUCUCACCCGACAAUUUCAUCCGCCACAUAACAGAAGCUCUGGACAUGAUGAUGAAUGAGAUCCCCAGAACCAUCGUGAACGUGGUGCAGAUUCUCCCCAUGAAGCCUCUGAGAGACGUCCAGAGACCGACGCUGGGAUGUCAGCUUCAAAAGAGAUUCUGCUCGUGUCUCGUUCAACCUGAAGAAAACUCCACUGAGCUGAAGGAGCUGGUUGAGAUUAACUAUGAAUUCCAGAGACGAUUAGAGAAGCUUCUGCACAGCGAUCGCUUCUUUAAAAACGACUUUGCUGCUGUUCUGCAGCCGUACUUAGAGAACGCAGAACCACCCAGACUUCCUGACGGGACAAUUGACUUGAGCUUCUUCACGGCAGAUUGUUUCCACUUCACUGUGAAGGGACACGAGGAGCUGGCGAAGGGACUGUGGAACAACAUGUUCCAGCCUGAAGGAGCCAAAGAGACGAUCGAGACGUUUACAGACCCGUUGAAACUCAUCUGUCCACCAGAAGAUCAUCCUUACAUCUACACCAGACCCACAGGUGCAUCGUCUGCUGCGGCCCUGAGUCGUGUCUCCGUGAUGCUGAUGUCUCUGCUGUCUGUGUCCCUCAUGUUUUAUUUACUGUAAUUCAAUAUAAUACCUGGAUUAAAGAUUUAAGAUCCAUAAGAGCCUCUGACCCUAAAUCAUAAACACUCAGGGACGUUUAAAAGGGAAAUAUCUGAUUUAUCUUUUAGAAAUAAGACAUAAGAAAAACAAAAGUCAAGUAAUACUAUAUUUAUAAUGCAGAUUUAUUUUGAAAUGAGUAAAUUCUGUGGUCAUGAUCUGAUCUUUGCUGACAAUUUAAAUUUUAAAUUAAAUAAAGAAGUUUCACUCCACAGUGAGACAGAUGUGUCCAAACAUCCACAUCCUGUUAUUAACCUGAAAACCUUAUUUCAGAAUAACUGAAUCUUCUCGUUUACAAGCUGCUGCUGUUGAUCAAAUCUCUAAAAUAUAAUUUUUUAUCCUUUAAUAUCUUGUCAAUGUUGUUGUGUAUACGUGCGGCUGAGUUGUGUGUCUGCCGUCAUUGUAACCAGGACAAACUUGACAUUGGAAUAUUCUGUGGUGCAAAUGAUCUGAAUAAACUCAAAGUGAAAUACAACCGUGAGGAUCAAUUGGUAUAAGAAGCAAAAAAACGUAUUUUUAACUAAUGAUACAGUUUAACUGUAAAUAAAAUACAAUAAUCAGUUAGAACUUUUAACUUUAUACCUUUUCAUCAGUAUUUCAAAUUCAUUUUAUUUCAGCACAUUUUAUGUUUCUUUCAACU